AUGGUUAAACCGGCUACUAUCAGGACUGUUUUAUCUUUGGCAGUCACCAGGUCUUGGCCGAUCCAUCAACUUGAUGUUAAAAAUGCUUUUCUACACGGGCAUCUUAAUGAGACGGUUUACAUGCAUCAACCUUCGGGUUUUGUUGACAAACGGUACCCUCAAUUUGUAUGUCGUCUUAAAAAGUCGCUGUAUGGUCUUAAACAGGCUCCACGGACUUGGUAUACCCGCUUUGCCACUUUCAUCAAAUCGAAGGGGUUUAUCAGCAGUAAUUGUGAUCAAUCUUUGUUUCUUUUUAAGCGGGAUUCAGCUAAUGUUGCUUAUUUGCUACUUUAUGUCGAUGACAUUGUGCUGACAGCUUCUAAUGACAAACUACUUCAUGAUAUCAUCAGUGCAUUGUCUCGGGAAUUCGCCAUGACUGAUUUAGGACGACUUCAUCAUUUUCUUGGCAUUAAAGUUGAUCAGUUUUCCGCAGGCCUGUUCCUAUCGCAGCAACAGUAUGCCAAAGAGAUUCUUGCUCGUGCAAAUAUGUCGGCUUGUAAACCCUGCACUACACCUGUGGAUCUCUCAUCUAAACUUAGCGCGUCUGAUGGACCGCCUGUUUCAGAUCCGACACUAUAUCGCAGCCUAGCGGGAGCUUUACAGUACCUAACUGUUACUCGUCCAGAUAUCUCCUAUGCAGUUCAGCAGGUUUGUUUGUUUAUGCAUGAUCCGCGCGAGCCUCACUUUGCCUUCAUGAAGCGGGUCCUACGGUAUGUCCAGGGUACUCUUGACUACGGGAUUCGCAUUGUUCGAUCUCAGUCUCAUGACUUGGUUGACUACUCAGAUGCCGAUUGGGGGGGGGGGUGCCCGGAUUCUAGACGAUCUACGAGUGGUUAUUGUGUUUUUUUGGGGGAUAAUUUACUGUCGUGGUCCUCGAAACGGCAACCCACUGUUUCGCGUUCAAGUGCUGAAGCUGAAUAUCGCAGGGUUGCCAAUGCAGUUGCCGAAGCCACUUGCGCGCUUGAAGCGAGCUUGAAGCGAUGGAAAAAACGCUUUUUUGGCUCUGAAGCGUUACAUUACGUGAAGCGAAGUGAAGUGAAGCGAGCUUUAAGCGGCGAAGCGAUGAAGUUGUGA